CUCUCUUCCGCUGCAUCUCUCUCUCCCCUCUUUCACAGUCCACCUUUGAUUCGAUGCUUUUGCUUUCUCCACCAAGCUUCACCAUCAGAACAUUCCUUUGAAAUUUGUCAAAAGAUUUUCGCUUCACUCACUUUCUUACUCUUUCUCAGUUGUUAUCAAGGCCGCCAUUUUCGUCGCCCACAAUCUAAAGCUCAUAUCUUUUUCGGCCACAAAAUUUAAAAAAAAAAAAAGGUUUUGUUUUCUGUAAUGCAUUUGAAAGUUCAAACUCUUCUUUCCGUUAGGGUUUUGGGUCAUAGAAGCCUCGCAUUGAAUUCCCAGUAGUCUACUUUGUCAAGCGAAAAUUUUGAGCUUAGAGUAGUUUAGUUUCUCUUUGGCCAUAUAUUUUUUUUCCAAUUCUUUGUGUGCAGCCGGGAAUUUGAAUUUCAUAUUCAACAUUGACUUGAAAUUUCUGGAAGAAGCUUCUGAAAGAGAGAAUUUCUCGCAAUGUCGGGCCCACCCAGAGUUCGAUCCAUGAAUGUUGCCGACUCCGAGUCCCGGCCGGUGCUUGUUCCCGCCGGCAACAAAGCUCGGACCACCGACGGACGGAAACCAGCUUCGAAACCUGUCAAGAAACCAGAGCAGACGAUUCAAGAACCGGAGGCUAAGGAGAAGAAGCCAACUGCGCGUUCAAAUCCGCAAUGCGUUUCAGUACCGACGAUUUUGAAGCGGCAGGAUCAUCAUCAAGGCGUACUCAGUUUGUCAAUGAACGCUUCCUGCUCAUCUGAUGCGUCGUCAACGGAUUCUUCAACUCACAGUUGGGCGUCGUCAGGUGGGAAGGUGGUGCGGCGUACAAGGGAGCCAUUGAAGAAAAAGAACUCUGGUUCGAAGGCGGAGAGGCGUGAAAAGGUUGGGGCAGAUAAUGUGGCUGUUCCUGAUACUGUCCUGGCAGAUUCAACUGAUAGUUUGGAGGGCAAGAAAAGGUGUGCUUGGGUUACACCUAAUACAGAACCAAAUUAUGUUGCUUUCCAUGAUGAAGAGUGGGGAGCUCCUGUCCAUGAAGACAAGAAACUGUUUGAGUUGCUCAGCUUCUCUGGAGCUUUGGCUGAAUUGACGUGGCCCACCAUCCUUAGCAAAAGGCAAUUAUUUCGUGAAGUCUUUUUGGAAUUCGAUCCAAGUACUGUUUCACGGAUGAACGAGAAAAAGAUAACUGCACCAGGAAGCCCUGCUACGUCUUUGCUUUCAGAACUCAGGUUGCGAGCCAUAGUUGAAAAUGCACGUCAGAUAUGCAAGGUGAUUGAAGAGUUUGGGUCCUUUGAUGCAUUCAUCUGGAAUUUCGUGAACCAUAAGCCGAUAGUUAGUCAAUUCCGAUACCCACGACAGCUACCGGUCAAAUCUCCAAAGGCAGAAUUCAUAAGCAAAGACCUUGUGAAAAGAGGUUUCAGGAGUGUAGGACCAACCGUCAUCUACACUUUUAUGCAAGUGGCUGGGCUAACAAAUGACCACCUUAUCAGUUGCUUCAGAUUCAAAGAAUGUACAGCCACCGAAGAAACGGCACAAAAAGACGGCUCCCUCACCAUGUCUAAGGUCAAUGGCAAAACUACUGAGGAUCCCACGGAGGUAGGUUUGUUAAUUGCUGUGGAGAAAUUGAGCUUCACGUCCAAGUAGAAUGAUUGAAAAUGAAAGGCUUUGGUUUGGUUGACGGAGUUGACCAAGGCUUUGCCUGUGGCGAAGGAGUGUACAAAUCCAUACAAAAAUAGCUAGAGAAAAGAACUUGUAUCUUAAAAGCACGAUGACUCUGGCAAUUCAAGUUCUUGUGUAUUAAAAAAUUACUGAAAUGGAUUCCUCUUUCUCCUU